UAGAAUAUUCGCUUAAAUGCAUACGGAUAUCUUAAUUGGUGAUCAAUUUGCAGCAUCAACAAAUUACUGGGUAAUGCAGUCUCCCGAAUUGGAUUAUCGGCAUGAGCUGAUGGGACGUUUGCACAAGAUUGAACCUGAUGUGGAAUUGGAAGUAUUGACAACUACUGCCACGCCAACACACCAUCAUCAUUUGCAUCACCACCAUCAUCAGAAUCUGAAUCACCUGCCUCAACAGGAAGAGGGACAACAACAUCACCAGCAGCCACAGCAACAAUAUCACACCCUGCAUAACUACACCAAUAGCAAUCAUCACUUUCAACAGCAAAUAUCUAAUAGCAAUUGCAACAUCAACAAUAGCAGUGCCAGUAGCAGCAGUAGUAGUGGUAGCAGUGGUGGUGGUGGUGCCAACAACAAUGACAACAGCGCGACAGCAACGGACAGCAGUCAGCUGAACGAUCAAUGGCACUCCAGUGGCAACGGCAACCAUGAUCAGACAUCUCCAUAUUCGGGGACGCCACUUUCAACGGUGGUUUCAACAGCUACAACCACCAUUGCGGUGCGCACACCCACCCUUUCCAUGGGACAGCAUCCCAACAAUUCACCUCAGCACACCAACACAGCCAUAGCAAUUGCAGCCACAACUUCCUCGGCAACACCCGCCACCGCAUUUAACUAUGAGGCCAACACUCCCUACUACAGUACGGCUUCGACCAGCGAUAAAGAAUACGUAUAUGAUACCAAAAAUAAAGAGGCUACCUGUAAUAUGUAUCAUAACAUCGAUGAUCCAUAUGGACGUCCUGCCCUAUGGGAAGAAAUAGCAAGCUCAAUACAAAAUAUCGAUCCUGUUAAUGCUCCGAUUUUAGGCUCAACAACGACAAACGCCCAACAAACAGCGCACCAACUGAAUAGCAUUUCUCAUGAACGACAUCAUCAUCACCAUCAACAUGCCAGUACUCCCACAACUCCAUCGAUAGCAGUCGAGGCCAAUACUCUGCUGCCGCAGGUUAAAAUUGAAGCAAUGGAUGACCCUUUACUCGAAACUUUAUCCACGCCGGUGCUCAGUCCCCUGGAUAUUAAAAAGGAGAAUGUAUCGAGCAGUCUGACAAUGCAACAACAGCACCCGACAACACCCACACAACACUACUAUCCGCAGCAUGGAUAUGACAGUGCCAUGGCAACGGAACAUCAGCCACCAUUACAGCAUCAGCAACAGUUGCACCAUUUACAGCAAUCACAACAUUUAUACCAACACCAUCCUAGUUUAGCGGACGAGACACACCAUCAUUUAGUUGGCCUCUUUCCCGGAACCCACCAGCCUCUGUCACAACUUCAACAGUCCACGGCCCAACACCAACAACAACAUCCUCUGCUCCACAGCAAUAGCAAUAGUCCAAAUCAAUCCAAUCGAUGUAGUAGUGCGGCGAGCAGUCACAAUGCCGAAAUAGGAGUAGGUGCCAACAACAGCAGUGAGGUAAACACCAAUCUUCUGUCAUUGAAUGGUACGCCAGAUCCCUUGGCUACGUAUCAAGCGCAGUAUGGCCACGGCCACGGCUACGUAAAUGAUGGCCUAAGUAUAGCGGCGUCAGCUCAACAUCAUCCCCAUAUACAGCCGAAUCAACAGCACCAGCAUCCACAUCAACCCCAUCACAAUUAUCCGCAGAGUCAACACCAACAUAAUCAUCAUCAACAGGGUGUGCAUGGUACAAUAACAAACGCCCCGCCACCAUUGCAAAAUUUGAAAAGCCUGAAUAAUGGUAGUCAUAGCAGCAACAACAAUGGCAAUAAUUAUUCCAGCACCAACACCCCAUACCCGUGGCACAGCAGCAGUCAGUCGUUUCAUGGCAAAUACCAAAUACCGGCAGCCCCUCCGCCAACACCGCACAACGCCAUGCCAAAUCUUCAACUAUGUCCACCAGCUUCGGUGCCUGUAACGCAAUCGCAAACCGGCCACAGCAGCAACAGCUCCAAUAGCAAUGCCCGGCAUAUGUUCGUAUCACCUCUAACACCUCCCAGUUCUGAUCCCGGAAGUCCGGGUAGCUCAAUGGCGGCCGCAGCACAUGCUGCCGCCAAUCAGCAACAAGCUCGACGUAGUACACCUCCUCCGCCUUACCAACACCUACAGCAACAGCAGGGCCAUCCACUUUCUUCAAUUUGUCCCCAGCUGGUAAAUCUAAAUUCCGGUUCAAUAGCGGCUACCUCUACUGGUCACCUACUGAGUCCGGGACGUACACUAACUACAUUGGGUCAUAGCAAUAGUGCUACAUCGUCGUCUGCCAGUGGCAGUGCGACCAAUCAUUCAACACCAUCAAAUACGACACAGAACAGUUCGGCGACAAGAGGCGGCACUUCUGCGCCGACGACACCUGCUCACUUGGCCAAUCUCAUGGUGCCAACAGUGCGAACUGUACGCUAUAAUCGUCGGAAUAAUCCGGAAUUGGAAAAACGUCGAAUUCAUCACUGUGAUUAUGUGGGUUGUACAAAAGUUUAUACCAAAAGUUCACAUUUAAAAGCACACCAAAGGAUACAUACAGGAGAGAAACCAUAUACAUGUCAAUGGCCGGAGUGUGAAUGGCGAUUUGCACGUUCUGAUGAGUUAACGCGUCACUAUCGCAAACAUACCGGUGCUAAACCCUUCAAGUGUAUUGUCUGUGAGCGGAGUUUUGCGCGUAGCGAUCAUUUGGCGCUGCACAUGAAAAGACAUUUGCCAAAAAAUAAAUAA